AUGCACCAAGAUACCAAGACCAAAAUUGCACAACCACAAGCACUAUUAGGAGGAGAAUCGGAAGCCCCGGCCCCAAAUCAACAAGAAACCGCACAGAGCGGCAGGGCAGCCGAACCCCUCGCGGGGCUGGGCACCUGCCAAGCUGCGCUCUGGGCUCGGAGCGAAAGGCAGCCCCGCCGCGCCCUCCUUCUCCUCUCCGAGGUCCCAGAGCUCACGGGGCCGCGCCCGGCACCGCCACACCCACCCGGAGACCCUCGAGGAGAACCGCCGCCACGACGCCGUCUCUCCUCCCUCCCCGCUCGCGGCCCGAGGCGCCCAAACGCAGCCGGAGGGAAACGGAGACGGGCGCUCCCGGGCCUCCCAACGCCCGAGGGCGGGGUUUCCUCAGUUCCCGAGCCCGCGAAACGAGGCUUCUGGGCUGGGACGGCGGGUGGGAAGGGCGGCUCGGGGCGCUGUAUCCGCAGCCAAGAAACGGAGGGAACUCCAGCCUCACCCGCAGCGCCUCGGCAUCCUGCUGCUGGUCGCGGGCACCGCCUCCCUCCGGGCGCAGAGGAGGCCUCGCUCCUCUUCUUCUUCGCGGUUACAACUAGGCGAGCGACGCGAAAGCUCGACAUAUGGGCCAAACCGGCUCCCGUCGCGUUCGGCUUACGUAUCCUCGCGCUCCCCUCGCCCGCUCCCCCGCGCGCCCUCUGCCUGCCGUUGGUUUUUCUGGUUGCUAGGAGACGGACAGAAGCUGCCCUCGUGAGAAUUCCUGUUGGGAUUCUCUUCCUGGACGUGAAGUACAUAGUCAAGUCUCCCCCUUUCCAUAAAGGUCAACAAACAUCUGGAGAUCAAGUGUGGGAAUCCUACAUAUGUUAUUGAAGAAUGGCAGCUUGUCAGUUUCUAUUGAAUGGAACCCAUCAUUCUUUGUGUAACUGUUUUCAGGUAUUUCCUGCAAGGGUUCAUUUCCAAGAGGUAGAGUAAAUCAGAUUUCAACAGAUAAUUUAUUUGUGUUUUAGGUGGACGUGUGUGCUUCAGUGAUGCUUUGUUAUGUUAAGAACUGUGUUAUUCAUUGAACUUUGACUACUGAUUCAGGCUUGGCACAAGUGUUGUGUAACAGAGUUAUUCAGGAUGCUAAAAACAUAGCUCUGUAGUAGGAUUCCUCUCGUAUAUGAAAUGAAGUGGAACUUGGAUCUUAUCCAUUAUGUUUACUUGUCAAUUUCUUUCCUAUGUGUUAUUCUAGCCCACAUCCAAAAUCAAUUCAAUAUGCAUUGCCCAUCUUGAGAAGUAAAAUUUACUAGGUAGUC